UUUUGUUUUUCAUUCAUUCAUUAAAAGACAAAAAAAGUGCAACCAACACACACAUUCCAUGUCUGACGAGAAAGCCGAGUCUACUGUUCAGGAGGAUCAACAGGAGCAGGUUGAAGCUCCACAGAAGAAGGGCAAACAAGGAAAAUAUCGCAGAGAGAAACCAUGGGACACAGAUGAUAUUGAUCACUGGAAGAUUGAGGAAUUCAAACCGGAAUUUAACCCUGCACCGUUCACAGAGGAAUCAUCCUUUGCGACCUUGUUCCCCAAAUACAGAGAAAACUAUCUGAGGGAGGUAUGGAGUCAUGUCACCCGAGCAUUGGAGAAGGUCGGCAUUGCCUGUGUCCUCGAUUUGGUCGAGGGUAGUAUGACCGUCAAGACCACCCGUAAGACUUGGGAUCCUUAUAUGAUCCUCAAGGCUAGAGAUUUAAUCAAACUCUUGGCUCGUAGUGUGCCUCUGCCACAGGCCCUCAAGAUUCUUGAAGACGGGAUUGCAUGUGACAUUGUCAAGAUUGGCAACAUUGUUCGAAACAAGGAACGGUUUGUGAAACGUCGACAACGUCUGUUGGGACCGAAUGGAUCGACAUUGAAGGCAAUGGAGUUGUUGACACAAUGCUAUAUUAUGGUUCAGGGAAACACGGUCUCUUGUAUGGGACCCUACAAGGGACUAAAAGAAGUUCGUCGGAUCAUCAUUGAUUGUAUGAAUAAUAUCCAUCCGAUCUACCAUAUCAAAGAAUUGAUGAUCAAACGAGAGUUGGCAAAGGAUCCAAAGCUGGCAGAGGAAUCCUGGGAUCGGUUCUUGCCCCAUUUCAAGAAGAAGAAUGUCAAGCCGAACAAACAAAAGAAGGCCUCGAAAAAGGACAAGAAGGAUUACACUCCCUUCCCACCAGCUCAAACCCCAAGCAAGAUCGAUCUACAAUUGGAAAGUGGAGAGUAUUUCCUCAAACCCAAGGAGAAAGAAGCACGUGCUAUGGAACGGAAGAAGGAGGAGCAAAAAGAAAACAGCCUCAAACGUCAAGCAGAACGCGAAUUGGCUUAUAUCCCACCUGUGGAGGAUACACCCAAGAAGAAGAAGAAAAAGUCUGCGGAAGCAUCAUCAUCAUAAUAAUAAUAAAGGAGACAUGCAUAAUUUUUUCUUUUUUUUUUUCCAAGCAAAUCUUCCAACUUGAUUUUUUAAUUAUUCAGUAAAAAGAUCAUCCAAGUCAAGAAAGGA